AUGAAAAAAGACGAAUUGGGUAAUUGGCCACAAGGAUGGUGUUCAUUGGUUGAGUUUUCGCUUUUCUUGGCUGCCAUCGGACAUACCGAAAAGAAGAAAGGAAGCAGGCUCGAGCAUAAAUCUUUGUCGAUCAGGGAAGCUUCACAAAAACAAGAUCCUCCACACUUCACUAUAUAUAAUGGUGAUGAAGAUCAUCCUGCUCAUAACCUUUUACUUGAUCCAGCAAAUUACUCUUCAACCGAAAGUAACUUGAUCUUUGUUGGCUUAGCUGGACUAAGGGAUCCUCCACGUAAGGAAGUUGGACAAGCCAUUGAAGACUGCAGAGUAGCUGGGAUUCAAGUGAUUGUGAUAACAUGA